AUGUCGAAUGCACCGGGCGCAAGCACGGCCGAAUUCGGUCAACCAUUGCGCAAGUUCAAACUGGUCUUUCUAGGCGAACAGUCGGUGGGUAAAACCUCGUUGAUCACACGGUUCAUGUACGACACGUUUGACAACACAUACCAAGCCACGAUCGGCAUCGACUUUCUUUCCAAGACCAUGUAUCUCGAAGACAGAACGGUACGACUGCAGCUGUGGGAUACCGCAGGACAGGAGCGAUUCCGAUCGUUGAUUCCAUCGUAUAUCCGCGAUUCGUCGGUAGCUGUAGUGGUCUACGAUAUCACCAACCGAGCAUCAUUCCAGAACACGUCCAAGUGGGUCGAUGAUGUGAGAGCCGAGAGGGGCAACGAUGUGAUCAUCGUCCUCGUAGGCAACAAGACAGAUUUGAGCGACAAGAGACAAGUGACAACAGAAGAAGCAGAGAAAAAGGCACAGGAAUUCAACGUCAUGUUUAUCGAGACCUCGGCCAAAGCGGGGCACAAUGUCAAAGUGCUUUUCAAAAAGAUCGCACAGGCACUGCCGGGUAUGGACAAGGAUGCGGAUGCUGCCACUGGCGGCGCUGCUGCCAACAAGAAUAUCGACGUGACAGCUGCGCCGGCCCAGACGACGAUGGAGGACGGAUCGUCUUGCAAGUGCUGA